AUGGAGAACAUACCGGCUGAAGUCGUAGCUCUGAUCCUGGAGAUUGUCCCCGAUAUAAGGAGCCUCUGGGCUCUCGUUCGAGCGUCACCACAUGUUCAUCGCAUCUUCCGCGACGAAUAUCGAGAACAUAUCCUACACAUUAUCAUCGCCCGCGAAAUUGGCCCUAUUCUCAUGGGUGAGGCUCUAGCAGCUCUUCGCUCGUCCCGAUUCACAUCGACCCAAAAGGUAAAUGGAGAGGAUGUAGAAGUACCAAUCCGUGGCCUCCCCAAGACUGAGGCUCUGGAAUGGACUGAAAGCUACCAGGAUGUGAUCAAUGUAGCAAACGUAUCGCCACCUCCAGAGGAUAUGUUACUCUUGUGGGAAUUGCACAAAGAUGUCAAGGUCAUGGCCGACCUUUUCGUCCAGGAGACUUUACCCAUCUUCCUCCAAAUGAUGAAGGGCAUAGGAGAGCCAGAAACCGAAUUAGCUAUAUGUACGCUUGAGGAUUAUUCAACCAUCGAAAAACAACGACUCUUCCGAGCCAUCUACCGUUUCGUUAUCUUUGGCAACCUCUUCGCUCCCUCGUCCACUGAUGUUUGCGACGACGAAGACCUAUGCGAAUAUUUCCUCUGUCGCUUUACGAUCUGGCAGGUUGAGGAAAUAAGUUGCAUUAACGAUUUCAUCAGAAAUAAGAUCCUGCUAAAAUGGCAGGAGAUGGAAGAUAACGAGUUCAAGCGUCUCGCCGCCGAUCCAGAGUUGUGGGCGGCUGACCCUCGUCCGAAUCCUCCUACUUCUCGCUGGCGUGCGGACUUCUUUUCUAAGGAGUCAAAGUCGCGCCAUUUCAAAGACAUGCAGGCGAACUUCGCUACGCUUUCUAUUAAGGAUUUGGUCGCAGUCUUUGAAGCGAAGGACGUGCUUUUAGAGGAGUUGGUGAAAACCCGGACUUCGGCGUAUCAGGGUGCGAGAUCGCCCUUUCUAGAUGCGGCCUUGGAUGUUGACCCGGGAGCUAUUCCUAUUGUCAUUGGGGGGGUUGAGUAUGAGUUUAGGGGUGAAGUGGAGUGCCCUGUUGAAGAUAUGCUUGCCUUUGAAGGGGAUGAUUUGGCGUCUGCCAAUAGAAGCUGGUUCUGGGCAAACAAAUCGUCCUUAGGUGACAUGUACGUUUCGCCCUCCUCCCCUAAAUGGGAAUCAGACCGGGCAUUUGAGGGAUUCAGAAGGUUCGGGUAUGUGUUUCUAGAUUACUCGCGGGUGGAAAACUGGCGUCGUGGAGAGUAA